AUGGAGUGGGCGAGGGGUUCGCCCAUGGAGUGGGCGAGGGCCGCCGCGGCGGGCGCGGGCGGCCCGGCGCACCUGGGUAGCCUCUGGCACGGGCAGAGGUGCACCUGUCAGGUGGACCUCGGCGAGGGGUUUUCGAUCGACCGCGAGCUGCUGCGCCUGCUGGAGGGCCAGCUGCAGCGUUGCGGGCCCGCCAACCUCACGGUCCCCGCGCCUUGUGCUCCGCCCGAGUGCUCGGCCCUGGCGGGCGCCUGCGCCUCGACGGCCCGCGGCCCGUGGUGGCUGCGCCGCGGAGCGACGGCCGCCCAGGACCGUCUCUGCCUGCCAGAGGGCCAGCGGGUGCUCGUCUCCUACGACGUGGACCCACGUCUGCUCUGGCAUGAGCGGCUCUUGUGCGCUCGCGCGCACGAGGGCGCGUGGGUGGUUGCCACUCCCGAGCGCGACAUCGACCUGGAGGACAUUCAGGGCGGGGUCGAGAGCCUGGCGCCGCUCGGCCCGAUGGGCGGGCUGCCGUCUGGCCGGGGCCGCGGACCGGCGCACGCGUUCCGGGGCUCGCCCCAGGGCCCGCUGCAUCAGGCCGAGAGCUUGCGCCUGCAGGCGGAAGGUGCGGAGCUGGCGGAGCAGGAGCGGCGGGGCCUCGGCCUAGGCGCUGCUCGGCCUGCGCCCCCCCCCCCCACAGGCGCGCCGCCGCCGCUGGCGCUGGGGGGCGACCCAGCGGUUGAGGAGGGCGAGUGGCGCUUUGCCGAGAGUCGAGGAAAGGCGCGCUUGGGCGAGCGCGUGGGCGCCGCGGAGCUGGAGGCUGGCUGCCGCCGCGGCGAUCGAGGGAUAGCCCAG